GUUUUAUUGUAAGUAAUGGACAAUACAGUCAAUGGUUUGCAAACACAUGUGAAUCGUUGACAACUCGUUGUUGUGUUUGAGCUAAACAUUGGAUCAAUUGAGGUGAUUGACUAACUGUCAUGUCGUUGUGUUGCGCCAUAAGCAAUGAAGUGCCCGAAGUGGCCGUUGUGUCGCCGACUUCGGGUGCGAUCUUCGAGAAGCGACUUAUUGUCAAAUAUAUCGAAGAACACGGAACCGAUCCAAUCAAUGGCGACAAAUUAUCUGAAGACAUGUUAGUUGAAAUUAAGACACCAGCUAUUGUGAAGCCGAGACCGCCGUCGGCCACAAGCAUUCCGGCCAUUUUGAAGACACUUCAAGACGAAUGGGAUGCUGUAAUGCUUCACAGCUUUACUUUAAGACAACAGUUGCAAACGGCUCGUCAGGAACUGUCUCACGCUCUCUACCAACACGACGCCGCCUGUCGUGUCAUCGCUAGACUUACCAAAGAGGUGACCGCCGCACGUGAAGCAUUGGCCACUCUUAAACCAAAACCAGGAGGCAGUGGUGGUGGCGGACAAGUGGGUGGCAAUCAACCAAAUUUGAAUCCAACUGCAGAACCGACAGUUGAAGCGGGUAUAACACCAGAAGUAUUGGAAAAAUUGGAACAAAAGGCGUCUGUUCUUACAGCUGAACGUAAACGAAGAGGAAAAUCAGUUCCCGAAGAUCUUGUCAAACCUGAAGAGUUUCGAACAUAUACUGCAGUUGCUUCUCAUUCGGGUCUCCAUAGUGUUAGUAUUCCCGGAAUAUUAGCGGUCGAUAUUUGUCCGACUGAUUCAAAUAAGAUACUGACGGGUGGUAAUGAUAAGACAGCCAUUGUUUUCAAUAAAGAUAACGAACAAGUGAUUGCAUCGCUUAAAGGCCACACAAAGAAAGUGACAUCAGUUAUAUUUCAUCCAAAUCAAGACAACGUUAUCACUGCAUCUCCCGACAGUCAGAUACGUAUUUGGCAUUUACCCACCACUCAGACCAUUCAAGUUGUCCGCGCACACGACGGACCCAUCACUGCUAUAUCACUUCACGCAACGGGUGAUUACGUGUUGAGCACAUCCACUGACGAAUAUUGGGCUUUUUCUGACAUUAACACCGGACAAGUGCUGACCAAAGUUGGCGAUACAACAACACCGCAUGCAUUGACAACCGCCCAAUUCCAUCCCGACGGACUUAUCUUUGGCACCGGAACUUCGGAUUCAUUAAUCAAGAUAUGGGAUUUAAAAGAGCGCAGUAAUGUCGCCAACUUUCCCGGACAUUCGGGUUCUAUAUCAGCGAUGGCUUUCUCUGAAAAUGGUUAUUAUUUGGCCACUUCUGCCGAUGACUCGACUAUAAAGCUCUGGGAUUUACGAAAAUUGAAGAAUAUUAAGACAUUGUUUUUGGAUGAGAAUUAUCAGGUCAAAGAUCUUUGCUUUGAUCAAAGCGGUACUUAUUUGGCUGUCGCCGGAACUGAUGUCAGAGUUUAUGAGAGUAUAAGCAAACAGUGGGAAAAUUUGAAGACAUUUGCCGAUCACACGGCUGCCGCCACUGGCGUUCGUUUUGGACGCGAUUCCCGUUAUUUGGCUUCAGUAUCAUUGGAUAGAGCGCUCAAAAUAUAUUCUAAAUAAUAUUUUAAUAUAUUUUU